AUGGAAGGAUAUGCAUCUAAUAAUCAGGAGGAGUAUCCCCCAGGAGGUACGCCAACUUCUAACUAUGAUAGCACCAAUCCGUUGUCUGCUUAUAGUACCAAUACUAAUACGACUUCACCGCAACAUCAAGAUUCAGUUACAAGCCCCACUACAAAAGUAGCCAUCAAGCCCCAUACCACCUCAAGUACCGCUAGUCAUCAACAUCAGCAAGAGCAAGAAUUGCUUUCGGGUUAUACUGUACCAAACCCACCAGUUUCAACUCAACAGUCAACAGCAAUUGCUUCAGAACAGGACCCGGGUUCGAGUGGUGAAUUAGAUAAGCCUCGUACUUUAUGGAUGGGUGAUUUAGAUCCUUGGUUAGAUGAAAAUGCAAUACAAGAUUUAUGGUGGAGCAUAUUACAGAAGAAAGUUACGAUUAAAAUCAUUAAACCUAAGAAUCCUAAAACUGACCCAACUUUCCAUGGAUUAACCAAUUCAGGAUAUUGCUUUGUUGAAUUUGAAAGUUUUGAGGAUGCACAACAAGCUUUAAGUUUAAAUGGUCAAUUAUUACCUGACAUUGCCAUGCCUUCUCAACAACAUUUUCCCAACAAUCCUGACAAUCAAAAGAAAUACUUUCGAUUGAACUGGGCUAGUGGUGCUACUCUCUCAGCUCCAAUUGUACAGACCCCCGAAUUUUCAUUGUUUGUAGGUGAUUUAUCUGCAUCAACAACUGAAGCUCAUUUGUUGGCUUUUUUUCAAAAGACUUUCCCAAAUUCAAUUAAAACUGUUCGAGUAAUGACCGAUCCAAUAUCUGGAAAAUCAAGAUGUUUUGGAUUUGUGAGAUUCACAGAAGAACUGGAAAGACAAAGAGCUCUAGUCGAAAUGAAUGGUGUAUGGUUUGCUGGGAGACCCUUGAGAGUUGCAUUGGCGACCCCUAGGAUCACCGGAAGAAGAUACCAACAACAACAGCAACAGCUGCAGCAACCACAAAUUUCGCUUUCGCAUCAUCAACAGCAACAACAGCAACAACAACAAUCUGCACCUCCAUUUUUUGGUCAUCAUCCUUCUUCAAUGGGUGGAAAUGAUUAUUUUAAUCCUGAUCCAAACUCUGCUCCACAACCACAGUUAGAUCCCAGAAGAGCAGGCCCACCGGAAAUGAUGUAUAUGGCACCACCACUUCCUGGUGCUGUUGGCCCUAAUGGAGGCAGUCCAAUGUAUGGAUACUAUGGACAAGGAGGUCAAGAUUUUGAAGGAUUGAAUAUGGAUAUGACAGGAUCACCUAAUCCAAUAUUUCAAAUACGUCAGCAACAACAACAGCAGCAUCAGCAACAACAACAACAACAGCAAUUUGCUGAUCCGAAUAAUACCACGGUAUUUGUUGGUGGAUUAUCAUCUGAAGUUAAUGAACCUACUUUGUAUACGUUAUUUAAACCAUUUGGGAUGAUCCAACAAGUUAAAAUCCCACCAGGGAAAAAUUGUGGUUUUGUGAAGUAUUCAACUAGAGAUGAAGCUGAAGAAGCGAUUGCAGCAAUGCAAGGCUUUAUUAUUGGUGGUAAUAGAGUAAGAUUAAGUUGGGGUAGGGUAUCGAUGAAUAAUAAGAAAUAUCAACAACAGCAACACCAAGUAGCCCAAGCAGCACAAUUGCAAGUUGCUGCCGCAUUGUCAAUGGGAAUGGAUCCAGCUACUGCUAUAGCUGCAGCUGCUGCCGCUGCUGCUGGUGGAUACCCUCCUAAUAUGGCUGCACCUCCGCCUCCACCUGGAGCUCCCCCACAUUCCGCUCAAGGGCAUCAUCAAUUGGGACCUGGAAUUCCUGGAGGAGUGCCCCAUCCGGCAGGAAUGCCACCACAAGGAGGUGCUGGUGGAUCAGGUGGAUCAAUGAACAUGCCGCCCCCUGUGCCCAUGCCAGGAAUGGGAUUACCGAUGAUGACUCAAUAUCAAGGGCUUCCUCAUCAUAGCCACCAUUAUUCAUCUGAUGAUGGGAGUGGAUCUGCCGAUACUUCUGGUAAUGGCUAUGACAAUAAUUAUAACAAUGAUGGAUUUAAUAGAAAUAUGGCAUCUGGCGCGCUUCUAUCUGAAUUUGGUGGAAUGCAAGGGUCUGGUGAACAAUAUACUGGAGAUUUGACUAAUGCCAUGGCUCAUAUGAGUUUAGAAAGUGGAGAAGGAGGUAGCAUGGGAUAUGGAUACAUGAUACCUCCAGCAUAUGGAGGAUAUGGUAUUGCUGACAUGUCUCAAUAUCAACAAUUAGUACCGGAAGAGAAUGAACAAGAAGGAGAAGACGAGGACGAGGAAGAUGAAGAAGACGAACGAGAAGAAGGGGAGGAGCAAGAGCAGGAGGUGAACAAUGACGAAGGACAAAACAAGGAAGAAAAUACUGAAAAUUAUGUAACUGAGAAAGUAGAAGAUAAAAGUGGAAAGGAUAAAGAAAAAACAUAUCUGGAUGAAGAAGAAAAGUAG